UUGCGGCUUCUCAAUCAAGUGAAUAUAUUCUUAAAGAAGCAUUAGUUAAAUGGAUUGCAACCGAUAAUCUUUCAUUUACUACUGUUAAAUCAGAAGGUUUUUGUGAACUAGUUGAGAUAAUUAGAAAAUUAAAAG